AUGUCUCGCGAACAGAAGUUUGCUUUGGUGACUGGGUGUGGCAAAGGUGGUAUAGGCGAGGCUUUAGUCAAAGAUUACACUCGCCAGGGAGUCCGUGUCAUCGCCAUCGUGCUUCCAAAGGAGCCUAGUGAACAUCUGGAUGAGGCUGGCAUCACCUGGUUUACGCUGGAUGUGACGAAUGAAGAAUAUGUGAUACACUUGAAAAGGAAGAUCUCAGCUCUCACCGAUGGUUCUCUGGAUUUUCGAAAGUGCGUCGGUCAAGGAAUGUUUGAUGUCAACCUUUUCGGUCCUAUGCAGAUGGUUCAUCACUUUCAUGGCAUGAUCAUCCAAGCUUCUGGAACCAUUGUGAAUAUCGGCUCCAUUGGAGGAAUCGUGCCGUACAUUUACGGAUCAUCGUACAACGCGUCCAAGGCCGCGCUCCACCAUUGGUCCAAUACCUUGUGUGUCGAGAUGUCGCCAUUCAAACUUACGCUAGCUAUAGCCGUGGCUCACCAAAACCACACGAAGGUCAUACCUGGUGAAGUCGGAACUAACAUCCUUAAAAACGACGUUCAUCGGGAAUUACCCCAAGAGUUGCUCCGGUCCGCGUUGUUCUUGAUGCCUCAAGUUAAUCUAACCGUUGCUUGGGAAUGCCGAGAUUCGCCACGACCACGGUCAUUGUCUAGCCGUCUUACUAUGACAGAGGCAAGAACUUUCAAGGCGUGA